GGGGCGGCCCCGCUGCGGCUGCGGCGGCCUCGUUGGUCGCUCGACGAGCGGCUGUCCCGUGGGGAGCCCGUCCAAGCCAUGGCGACCCACGGGCCGCGCGAGACCCGCGACGCGCCAACGGCCGGGACCCCCGCCCCACCCUCACGACCCCGGCCAGGCCGGGCCCCCGGCGGCGUGGUGGCCGGUGCCUACAAGAGGGUGGACUGGGCGCCGGAGGCAGUGGAGAAGAGAGGACCGUACAUCAUGACGAGGAUGCCUUCCAUCCAGGCCAAGCUGCAGAAACACCGGGAUCUGGCAAAGGCUGUCCUUCGGAGGAAAGGCGUGAUGGGAGCCUCUUCACACCAUCCCAACUCUUCAGGGAAAAGGUCAGUGAAGUUUAAUAAGGGUUAUGCUGCCCUGAACCAAAGUGCAGAUGAAAACCUGGUGUCUCUCGAUUCAGACAGUGAUGGAGAACUGGAAUCCAGAUACUCUUCAGGGUACUCCUCUUCAGAGCAGGUGAAUCAGGAUCUGAACCGGCAGCUGCUGCAAGAUGGGUAUCACCUGGAUGAAAUGCCAGAUGACGAAGCUCUGGACCUCAUUCCUCCCAAGCCCACGGCCUCCUCCUCCUGCACCUGCUGCUGCUGCUGCCUCGGGGAAGCAUUCUCCUGUACCGUGCAGUAGGCAGUGCCCGCACAAGGGGAAGCCACUUCCCUGCGGCCUUUAAAGCAUUGACUUCUACUUGUCUGGUGAGCAGAGCUGCCAGCACCAGACUCGUCAUGAGCCGAACAUCCACUUAGGAAGGUCAGUGACUUGCAGGACGCUCGGCCACCAGGCCGAAGGCUUCUAGACAGCAGAGUCUGUAGGGGAUGCGGCGGCCGUGUGGGGAGAGGACUCCUCUGUACAGGGAGGGAAGUUCAGGACUUUUGUCUUCUUCAGGAGGAGGGUGACCAAAAACGUGUCUUGUUUUAGAGAAGGUCAUUGGCUCUUGAAAUUAGCCCACUUAUCAUGGGAGUGAAAUGGGGGUUGGGUGGGCGUUCUCCGAGGAGCAAGCUGCUCCCUUGCACAGUGUGUUCAGAAGGAAAUUAUUAUAUGGCAGGGUGGGAAAAGCAGUCAGAGGCAGCUGUCCUUUAAGGAGGAUUCUGACAGAAGGAAGUGUCACAGGCCUUGGCAAGGACCCAGGUCUCCCCUGCAGGCUUGCCCUUCCAGGGUGAAACGAGCCCUUUCUCUGUAGGUGCUGCUGACUGGGCCUUCCCCUGAGCCCGCCCCUGGUGUGGGUGCCUCACUGCUUUGGGAAUGUUGGCUGUGGUGCACCCGAAUGACCAAUUUCCAAUUCAAGGGAGUUGUGAAGUUGCUGCGACCAGCCAAGACCCUGCAGUCUGGCACUGUGGCUGCUCUGCACAGCUGGCUCCUCUCCCUGCUCCCCCCCAAACCCGCACUUAUUUAUUUAUUCAGCCAUGCAUUUGGAGUUUCUGGUCUUUUUUUUUUUGGCCUUGGUCAUGCCGGGCUCCCCCAGUUCACUUCCUGGGUUGAUGGCAUUCAGCUACUGUGGGAGGGGGCAGGCCUCCAGCUUUGAUUUCACUGGUAGGACUUCUCUGAAGGCUGACUGGUCUCUUCUCUGUAUUUUCUCUGAGGCAAUAGUGGCUUGCCCAAGAUUGGGAUGUUUCAGAAACUGAACCUAUCAGUAGUUUUCAUCAUCUUUGUUAAGAACUCUUGAAGGGACUGAAGUGUGGCUUAGCCCAAGGAAUAGAAAGUUGGAAUCAGACAAACCAGGGAAGCACAUGACCAAAGGGGCCAACACCCUCCCCCCCCCCCCAAUCCUCUCAUCUCUUGGUGGACCUCGACAAGCCCCCUUCCCCCCACAGACAUAUUUGGUUUCCUUAUUUCCUCUUAGUUCCUUUUAUUUAGAUUCGGGGACUUUUUGCAGAUGGGCUCAGCUUCCCCCGGGAUUUUCAAAUGUUCAUUUAGUUAGUUUGUCUUACCUAAGGCACAGAGAACCCUGUAUUGGGGGACUGUGGGCCAUGGAGGGAGCGUGGCACGACAUCCCCUUGGCUCUAGCACCCUGAGGCCACCUUCCCCUUCCUUGACUGCAGGCUGUUCUCUAGACCUUCUGACCCCUCCUCCCACGUGUAUUUAGUAUUUAGGGGCAUGUACCAAGUCAGUGCCUGGUCUCAUGGCUCUGCGUGAAGAGGAAUGUUGUUAAGGGAGCUGGGCCACCCCAAAGGUGCUUCUGAGUCUGUUGUCCCACUGGCCUCCUCAGCGCACAGGAGGGUCUGUGGGGCCUGCUGGAGCCAGACCAGACCAGAGAAGGCCAGAGGAUUUCAGAGACAACCCAAACGCUAGCAGGAACUUUGUCCUCAUUUUCCCCCUCCUUCUGGCCUCAACCCCGGCCUCCUUUGGGGCAGCUGUUCCGCUGCAGCUGCCUGGCUACUUUUAGGACCUGUGUGCACCCGUACUCCCAGUUUGUGUUGCAGCUUGUUUUGUAAAGAAUGACAAGUGAAAAAAGACAAAUGAGUGGGGAUGUAGGACAGGCUUGGCAGGGAGUCCGUGAAAAGCAUAGGGACUUUCUCACCUCUGUGGAUCUUCUGGUGAGGUACAAAGGAAGGGCUUGAGGGAGGUUCAGACAUUGCCCCAGCAGGAUGAAAGAAGACCCCACACUCUGAACCUGUCUAUGGGUCCAGAAUCGGGGUUCUUCCUUAGACUUAAGGGGCUAUUCUUUUUUUGGGGGGGAGGGUGAGGUAAUUAGGGUUAAGUGACUUGCCCAGGAUCACACAGCUAGUAAGUCAGUGUCUGAGGUCAGAUUUGAACUCAGGUCCUCCUGACUCCAGGGCCAGUGCUCUAUCCACUGCGCCACCUAGCUGCCCCUUAAGGGGCUGUUCUGAGCCCCUGCUCUAGCCCUUGGCUUUCCACCCCACUUGUUUCUUUGGCUGUCUCAUUGCCAUGAAAUGGGCCACUGGAGUUGCUGGUGCUGAUGUCCAUCCUGCCCCACAGGUCAGCAGGGAUUCCAUUGGAACAGGAAGCUGUCAGAGCUCUGGUCAAUGAGACAGAUCUGUCUGCAGUCGGCCCGGGCUGCUUGUUUAAGCACUGUGGGCGGCCCGCCUGCCGCCAGGGCUGCUUCGGGUCACUCGCCUUCUGGUGCUCUGCAAGUGACAAUCAGCACACUUGGGGAAAGGGACCGUUUGUUGUGGCUGCCCAAUCUAGGGCAGCUUUGUUUAUGUAGUGUACAUAGUAUGUCUAUCUAGAGAUGUCUUCGGCUAAGAGUUUUCUAUCAGGAUCAGAGUUUAUAAUAUCAAUAAAUUUCUUCAUGCUACA